UUGAUUUAUGCCCCGCUGUCUGUGUUGAACACACUGCUCCGGGACAGAUCGUGUGUUGGGACCUUCCUUCUAGGAUAGCUGCUGCUUUGGGAGAUCUGGAAAUGAACAUUCCCAGGCAAAGGACAAUCCUCUUUGUCCUGGUGGCUGGGCUCCUGCUUGCUGCUCUCAGCCUGGUUUUAAUCUUUGUGUCGCCCCAGAUUAUCCAGGACCAAGUCAUUAAGAAUGUGCAGAUCAACCCCAACAAUGGUUUUGCCUAUUCAGUGUGGAGAGAUGUACCUAUCCCUUUCUACAUGUCUGUGUAUUUCUUUCACAUUGUGAAUCCCGAGGCAAUACUCCGUGGAGAGAAGCCAAUUCUGUCACAGCGAGGACCCUAUGUUUACAGAGAGCACAGACCGAAGGGCAACAUUACCUUCCAUGAAAACUACACAGUUUCCUACCGUUCAUACCGACAGUUUCACUUUGUUCCAGAGCAGUCGUCUGGCAGCGAGAGCGAUGAGCUCAUGCUGCCCAACGUGCUAGCACUCGGUGCAGCUGUUUUAGCUGAGAAACUCCCUCCAACCAUGAAGACUGUAUUCAACAUUGCCACGAAGCAUUUUAAUCAAAGUGCUUUUUUCAGAAGGACUGUAGAGGAAAUCAUGUGGGGAUAUGAAGACAAACUUAUUGCCUUUCUUAAAAAAACCUUCCCAAACCUCCUCCCCUUUAAGGAUAAGAUUGGUUUGUUCGCUGAUCUGAACAACACCGACACUGGAUUAUUCACCAUUAAUACAGGAGUGGAUGAUAUUAGUAAAGUCCAAGGAAUUGACACGUGGAAUGGUAGAAGAAAGGUAAACUUCUGGCAUUCCAGCCAGUGCAACAUGAUCAAUGGGACAUCAGGUGAAUUGUGGCCCCCGUUCCUGACUCCGUCGGACACGCUGAAGUUUUAUAGUCCAGAUGCCUGUAGGUCAUUGGAAUUAGUUUACCAAAAAUCAACCCGGUGCUUUGGAUUGCCUUCAUUCCGUUACGUCGCCCCGAAGACCAUGUUUGCAAACGGAACGGUGUACCCUCCCAACCAAGGCUUCUGUCCGUGCAGGGAGUCUGGGGUCCUCAAUGUCAGCACGUGCAGGAUGAAGUCCCAGGUCUUUGUCUCGCAUCCUCACUUCUACAACGGCGACCCUGCGCUGUGGGAGGCUGUGGAAGGGUUACACCCCAAUGAGAAGGACCAUGCACUGUUCAUUGAGAUCCACCCGUUGACAGGUGUCCCUCUGAAUGUCUCUAUUAAAUUACAACUUAAUCUGUUCAUAAAAGCUGCAAAAGGAAUAAAGCUGACAGGAAAAAUGCGGACCAUGCUGCUACCUUUCAUGUGGUUUGAUGAAACUGGGAACAUUGAUGGUCCAAUCCUGAACAACUUCUACACCUUCAUGGCUCUGGUACCUCAGCUUCUUCAGUACAUCCAGUACAUUCUGCUGGGCCUUGGUCUGUUACUGCUGGGCGUUGCUGCAAUCCUUGCAUUUAUUUCAUGGCAGCAGAAACAAGCCAAGUACUUGGGUACUAAAAAUCUCAGCACACUACCUGCUAAGUGCGGGACAGAGAAGGUCAAGGAAGGACCGAGGAUUAAGGCUGAAACCCGGUUCUAGUGCCGUUGAAGUUUCCAGAAGGAAAUGAAGGAAGUUCUGCAAUUUUGUGUUUCCUGCAUAGGUUGAUCAGAUGCAGGAAGCUGAAAUGAUGUGAUCACAAGAGACUUUGGAUGCUGGAAAUUCGGAGCAGCACACGUACAAUGCUGGAGGAGGGAUCUCGGCCCAAAGCAUCAAUUGUCCUUUUCCCUCCAUAGAAGCCGCCUGGCGCACCGAGUUGCUCAGUGUUUUGUAUUUGAAUUGAUGUAAUGUUUCCCUGUGAUUUUCAGCCGUUGUGUAAAGCGCAUCAGUGUGUAGGAAACAACAGGAAUUCUGCAGAUGCUGGAAAUUCAAGCAACAUACAUCAAAGUUGCUGGUGAACGCAGCAGGCCAGGCAGCAUCUAUAGGAAGAGGUGCAGUCGACGUUUCAGUGUGUAGGAAUUGUUUGUGCCAGGUCUCUGAAUUUGAACAGACAUUAUAAGAAACACAAGAGUCCGUGUGCUCUCAGGAGAUAUGUGUCCUCCAUGCAUCUCUCUGUCUCCCACCGCCCUCUCACCACCAUGAAUCCAUCGCCUGUGUUCUCUCAGAUAUCUCCCUGCCCACUAUGCGCGUGCACACACACACAAUCCGACGAUGGUUGCCGUGAAGUUACUCAGUGAAUGGACAUCGAUAUUCCCUGGGGUGGAGCUGCCAGACAAAGAACAUAGAAACGUACAACACUGGACAGGCUGUUCGGCUCAUUGCAGUGCUGGCUCUGAAGCCAAUCUGAAGGAUGUAAAUUCAGGAUUUAUAAUCAACAGCCCAGUAAAACAAUGUUAGUAAAACAGCCCAGUGAAAGGAACAAUAGUGCAGACUAUUAUCUAAAUGGGGAGAAAAUCCCAACAUCAGAGGUGCAGAGGGACUUAGGAAUCUUUGUGCAAGACUCCCAGAAGGCUAAUUUAUAGGUUGAGUCUGUGGUAAAGAAGGCAAAUGAUGUUGGCAUUUAUUUCAAGGAGAAUAGAAUAUAAAAGCCAGGAGAUAAUGCUGAGCCUUUAUAAGACACGAAUCAGGCCACACUUUGGAGUAUUGUCAACAGUUUUGGGCCCCAUAUCUCAGAAGGGAUGUGUUGUCAUUGGAGAGAGUCCAGAGGAGGUUGACGAGGAUGAUUCUGGGAAUGCAGGGGUUAACAAUGAAGCGCUCUUGGCAGCUUUGGGCCUGUACUCACUGGAAUUUAGAACGCAGAGAGAUCUCAUUGAAAUCUACCGAAUGUUGAAAGGACUACAUCGGGUGGAUGUGGAGAGAAUGUCUCCUAUGGUGGGGUAUCCGAAACUAGAGGGCACAGCCUCAAAAUUGAAGGGAAACCUUUUAGAACAGAGGUAAGGAGGAAUUUUUUUAGCCAGAGAGUAGUGAAUCUGUGGAAGGCUCUGCCACAGACUGAGGUGGAGCCCAAGUCUGUGGGUAUACUUGUGGAAGUUAAUCGUUUCCUGAUCAGUCAGGGCAUCAAAGGAUAUGGGGAGAAGACAGGUGUACAAGGUUGAGUGGGAUCCGGGAUCAGCCAUGUUGGAAUGGCAGAGCAGACUUGAUGGGCUGAAUGGCCUAAUUCUCCUCCUAGGUCUUAUGGUCUAAUGUGUAAUGGAAAAUUGGACCCCCUCCCCUCUGCCCCAAUUCAGAUGAGGGGUCUCUGAUUCAAGUUUCUCCCUCUGUUGCAGGUUCCAUGUUGCAUUUGGGAAUGUUCCUGGACGUCACAGGUGAUAGAAAGAGGGAGGGAAGGGUUAGAUUGGUCUUCAAGUAGGUUAAAAGGUCAGCACAACAUCGUGGGCCAAAGGGCCUCUAGUGUUGUAUGUUUAAAGUUACACAAUGGGGCAGCUCAGUGAGGGAAUUUGGUCUGCUUCUCAAUUAACAAUGCACAUGUGAUUGAUGUUGCUUUGGAAAUGGCAAGGAAUGCCAGGGAGUUCCAGUGAGUGAAAGUAGGCGUGAUUACACGUGUUACGGGUGUGUGCACACACUGCGGGCUUGUGGGUGCAUGUUACAGGCAUGUGAGUGCAUGUGGAAGACAUAUGACAUAGGAACAGACUUCAGCCCACUGGCCCUGUUCUACCAUACAUUUAUAUUCCUUCUCAACCCCAAUCUCCCGGCUUCUCCUCAUUACCUUUGAUGCCCUUUACCAAUCCAGAACUUAUCAAGCUCCACUUGAGACAUACCCAAAGACUCCGAGCUGUGUGUGGCAAAGAAUUCCACAUACUCACCACCCUUAGCCUAAAGAAAUUCCCACUCAUCUCUAUUCUAAAGGGACAUCUUUUUAUUCUGAGGCUGUGUCCUCUGAUUCUAGAAUAGGAAGCAUCCUCUCUACAGCCACGCUAUCUAGGCCUUUCAAUAUGUGAUAGGUUUCAAUGGGAUCCCCUUCAUUCUUCUAAACUGCAGUGAGUACUGUCCCAGAGCCAUCAAAUGCUCCUCAUACGUUAACCAUUUUAGUCCUGGAAUCAUACUUGUGAACCUCCUCUGGAUCCUCUCCAGUGCCAGCAUAUCUUUCUUAAUAAGGAGCACAAAAUUGUUGACAAUAUUCCAAACGCAAUCUGACCAAUGCUUUAUGUGGAAGCGUGUUUUGCUUAGUGACAUUGGAAGCUUCUUGUGGGUGGGUGGUAUUGAUGGGACACGAUGAGGGGAUAGGGGCCACCCUGCUACUGUCAAGAACCCGUAACCGCAGACUGGCCCCUCUCCACGGUAACUGAAGCAGGAUGAAUUCUGACUUUAUGACAAGCAGUGACCCCUUGAGUGGCAAACAAUGAAAGGUUCACCACAGCAGACAGUCCUGAGUCUUCCAGCACGGCCUCACGAACGGCGGAU